UGCGCGACGAGCACUCGCUAUCACGAAUUACUAUAUUUUGGCUCAUUUGUCGUCGCACUGCGCAACGAUGACAAGGAUCAGAAUCCAAGUUACAGCAUAGAAAAAAGAAACUUUUCAAUGAAGUGCAAAAAAAUUCACGUGCUUCGAGUGAUUCGAGUUUCAAGAGUUUUAUGUUAUCGCAUUGUUAUUGUUGACUAAUCUCAGACUCAUUCGCCAUGUCCACGUAAUUUCACACGUAAUGAAUUAUCUGUAGCCCGGUAUGAAUUCCCGCAAUUUCCGAUUCUUUGGAGGAGCACCGAGUAAAGAAAAUCACACAUUGUAUGCAAGAACGCGCUGUAGCUAGUGCUUUGUAGGUCAUACGUGUGGAAACUAAAAAUAGUCAAUUAUUCCGGUAAUUCAAAAAUAUAAAAUACAACUCACUCGGAUCACGUGAUCUUUGAUAAUAGAAAUUUAUGCGAUUCGGAAGCGUGAUUAUUGUCCAGGAAUUAUCAUGAUUAUUAGUCGAAUUCGUCGCGAUUAAUUUAUCCAAACAUCAAUCGCGACACGAGUGAAUAAAUUGUGGAGUGAAAAAUAAAAAAAAACAUGCUGACCCAACGUUCGAGUUCAUGAAAUCGCAGGUGCAUCUCCAAUACGUGAGUGUUCUCGAGCGACAGCGGACGCGCAACGAACUAGUAAUUAGCAUAUAAAUUCGUUAACUCAAGUUUUGUGUUAUCAAUUGGAAAAAAAAAAAUUUCAAAUUUUUGAAGCGUUAUGAAAAAACUGGGAGCGACGAUAAAUCGGGGGCUUGUUUGAAGAAAAAUGAUGCGUUAUUCGGUAACGCUGUCGUGCUUGUGUUGUCAGAUUAUCACACAAAAAUAAACAAUGAACAUUUUCGAAUCAAUAUAAAUUUCGCCGAUACCAAGCGCUUUUAACUGUAGGCGGAGGCGGGACGAACUAAAGAGUGACAAAAACCGGUGUUUAACCCAACCACGUAUACAAGUGCUUUAUCGAAAAAGUGAACGUUAGGCCAAUCCAGGUCGAAUGGUUUUUGAAUAAAUUCUAAGUGAUUCGGAGUUUAUUUAAUUCUGUCGUACGUAACAAACUCUCGCGUAAUUGGCCGGAGAAGGCGAGAACAGUUAUGAUAUUAUUGCUGUCCAUAUGGGGGAGCCUUCGAGGCAACGGUUUCGUUGUCGGGCGCGUUGGAUCCUGAGCACGUGUUUCAUGAAACGAAGCAAAUUGAAGACGACACAGAGAAACGUGCGUUGACGAUUUCGGCUAGUAGAAACAAUCCCUCCUCCUUAUUUUUCUCCUCCUUCAAGAGGUCACACAAAUUUGUACACUUCGAUGUUUACGUACCCAAGUGUUUUCUAUCUCCUUUUCUGCCCCAUGUGUCUUUUGUGUAGCGUGUGCUAGUCGAUAAGAGUCGAUCGUACGAAACCGAGGAGUGCGUUUGUACGACUGCGAAGGAGGGAGAGGGGCCAAGAGAGAGAGAGAGAAAACUGGCUGUGAGAAAGAAGCGCCCGGAGACGAAAGGCGGGAUGUAACGACGCCGGUAGUGACUGUUCAACGUGAGCAGAGGAUCGAAAAGCAGCGAAAAACCUAAGCGUGUCUUCGCUCGUCGCGUUCGGGUUAAUCUCAUUCGUAAAGGCUGCUUCGCAACCCGCGCAUGUCAAUUCUUGCAUCAUUCUAUUGUAAACUAGAUUGUUUAUACAUUUUAUUUACAAACUAUCGUGCAAUAAAAUUCGACAAUUUUAUAAAUUUACAAUCAAUUUUACAUCAAAUUUUUAACUCGUCGCUUUACAAUCGACAAUCGUGGAUAAUAAAAAAACAGCGAAAAUGCCUGAUAAAGUUGCACCGGUUCCGGAAAAACGAUCUGUUGUCAAAGCCGAAAAUGACACUUCCGUCGACACCGGUGGCGGCGGUAUUAAAUUGAAAAAAGAACUCGGUUUGUUGGACGGUGUUGCUAUCAUCGUCGGGGUUAUUGUCGGUUCGGGGAUUUUCGUCUCCCCUAGAGGAGUACUCAAAAACAGCGGCAGCGUUGGGCUUGCACUUAUCGUAUGGAUUUUUUCCGGUGUGCUAUCACUCGUUGGUGCAUUGUGCUAUGCGGAACUGGGCACGAUGAUACCGAAAUCGGGCGGGGAUUACGCAUACAUCAGCGAUGCAUUUGGUCCACUCCCUGCGUUUCUCUACCUCUGGGUAGCUCUGUUCAUCCUAGUACCGACUGGUAACGCGAUAACUGCCCUCACAUUUGCCCAAUACAUACUGCAACCGGCUUGGCCCGGCUGCAAACCACCCUACGAAGCCGUACGCUUGCUGGCAGCCGUAAUUACAUGUUUACUGACCGCGAUCAAUUGUUACAACGUCAAAUGGGCGACGAGGGUCCAGGACAUAUUUACGGGGACGAAAAUAUUCGCGCUCGUUAUUAUCAUGGCUGCCGGUUUGUGGUGGCUCUGUUUAGGCCACACGGAAAAUUUCGUCAAACCGAUGGCCGGCACCAGCACCGAACCGGGCUACAUUGCGCUCGCCAUUUACUCCGGUCUCUUUUCCUAUUCCGGAUGGAAUUAUCUCAAUUUCGUCACGGAAGAGUUGCAGAAUCCUUACAAGAAUUUGCCAAAAGCCAUCUGCAUAUCGUUGCCACUAAUCACGGUCAUUUACGUACUUGCAAAUGUUGCAUAUUUUGUUGUUUUAACGCAGGAUGAGAUCCUCGCUUCAAACGCAGUCGCAGUCACGUUUGGUAACAAAUUACUGGGAGUGAUGCAUUGGAUAAUGCCAUUUUUUGUGGCGUGUUCGACGUUCGGUGCCUUGAACGGAGCGAUAUUUGCAUCCGCACGGUUAUUUUUCGUCGGAGCCCGAAACGGGCAUUUGCCGAAUGCCAUUGCGCUCAUAAACGUACAAAAUCUGACGCCGAUGCCGUCUCUUAUCUUUCUCUGCAUUAUCACACUAGCCCUGCUGAUCAUAGAGGAUGUCUAUUCGCUGAUCAAUUAUGUGAGCUUCGUUGAGGCACUAUUUACCACGCUAUCGGUCUCUGGCCUUCUCUGGCUCAGGUUCAAAAAGCCACAUCUCGAGCGACCCAUAAAGGUAUCGCUCGUUCUGCCCAUCAUAUUUCUUAUGAUAUGUUUAUUCCUGGUUACGGUUCCCUGCUACGUUUCGCCUUGGGAAGUUGGCGUUGGAAUGAUAAUAAUCCUGUCCGGCAUUCCAGUCUAUUGGAUUUUCAUCCAAUGGCAAAAUAAACCAAAAUGGCUUGUCCAAGGAUCGGAAAAACUUAAUACGGUCUGCGCAAAGAUUUUCAUGUGCGUUCAAGAGGACAAGAACGACUGAUAUCGCGACUACGAAAUAGCAAAAUGAUUAAUUUAUUUAUGAAAUGAAGACACAACGUUACGUCGCGUUCAUGUGAAAUCCUCCUUUUUUUCUUGUUUUCUUUUUCAAGCAUUCCACUCCGAAGAUAUUGCGACUCGAACGACCACAAGUGCCAUUAGUAUUAUUGAGACAGUUGCUGCUUGUUCCGGAGCCUUAAUCCCAGAGCACAACCGUCCGAAGUAAACAUUUUUAUUCGCGAAAAAAAACCGGAGCAAAAUCAAAUGUGCUGGCGAUUGUUUGUUUUGGUUUGCUAGUAUUUAGGAAAAAUUAAUUUGCUAAAAAUUUGUUGAGCAUCGAGGAUCUGACGAUUUUUUAUAGAUUUUCUUAGAGAAACGAAUAUUUAGGCCGAUUUAGGAGUAACCCUAUAAUUAGAGUUUAUUGUAAUUUUUUUUUUUUUUUAACCAAUCGUCAAUUCGAACCUGAAAAGCAAUAACGUUAGAGCUUUUGAGCAAUUAAAAUAUAUAUGAUCCAACAUUACAAAUGUUACGAUUAAAAAUUCGCUGCUUAAGCUCAUGAGCUCAUUGAGCUCAAGAAUUAAAUUACUUGUAGUGAAGUCUGCAAAACGGAUGAAUGAUUCACGAAUUCAAUUGUACAAAGUUAUAAAAUAGGAUUAUACAUUCGAUCGUGAAAAUCUUCAAUAGAACAUUUCUUCUGGAUGUAGAGCCAAAAGAAGUGAGAGAAAAAAAUCUCAAUUAUCAGACAAGCAGAACAUGCAAGAGGAAAUACACUCGAAUAUCACCGAGUGAGACCAAAACUCACAGUUUCAAUUUAAGGGCGAGGUAACGUCAAUUUGGUGAAAAAUGUUUAAGAAUUUUUUUAGACGCUACAGAUAAUACGAAACUAUUUUUUGGUUGUGACAUCAUAAUACAAUAUUUUAAUAUAAUGUCACAAUCAAUAAAAUUGAUUUGCUGUAGCGUCUAAAAAAAUGCUUAAAAUUCGGUCUUUUUUCCACUGAAUAGAAGUUCUCCGCCCUUAACUGAAAUGUGACUAUUUAUACGCAGUUUUAAAAUCCAAGGAAAACGAUCACUAUUUGCUCUAUUGUUUACGAAGGGCAUGUCGACCAAGUCAAUUUCGUUAUGAAUCAUAAGGAUUGAAGUUCCCUGGGUCUCGGAGAUCUACUGAAGCAAUUUUUCAUCAAGUUGCAAACAUUUUUCGAUAAAAUUUUAUCAAAUUAUUUUGUUGCAUAUUGAAUCUGUGAGUGAACUUUCUGUUCGUAUUUUUACUUUAAAAGUGAACAAUUCACGAACAUGUGGCUAUGAAAUUUGCUUUUUCGUAAUAGAUUUUCCAUUUCCGCAUGUGCAAAGAGAUGCAACAUUCGUAGAGGAUCACGCACUACUCGAGAGUGCGUUUUUGAGUGCCUAAAGAAAUUUGAAAAAUGCAUGAAUAUUCGGAUAGAUGCGAUCGGCGAGUGUGAUUUUUACGACAAUACGAUUAAGGUAGUUUAUAUACAAAAAUACACUAAGGUACUUUAGAAAUCAUUGUUAUACAAGCACCGAUUAAAUUCAGGGGUAAACGUAAGCUAAUUACGCUUACAACUGCGAUGUGAGCGAUGAUAAUUACGAUCGCCUAAUAAGGCCAAAAGUUAAUGAGAUCAUGUAACUACAAAAUCAGUUUUACACGUAUUUUACUUUUCCAUAUCUUGGCUAUGCUCUGAUAAAAAUUUUUAAGGAAAUUAAAAAGACAUCCGUUGAAUACUUAACAAAAAUGGGGACGUCGGGAUUUCGUAUUGACGCCGAUCCUCUGAGGUGCUUUGGGGCAGUUUUUAGGGCGAGUCCGAACAGGCUGGGGUAAUUGUUUACGACUGGAAAAGAAAUUUUUUCUUCGUUGGGAUUUUGUCAAUUCUCAUAUUACGGGCCGAAAGGUACACCUAAGUGUUCGAAAUUCAAGGAUUCAAGUUACUUCGAUAAAAGCCUAGUUACACGUAUCAAAAAAAAUGUUUAUACUGUACACUCGAGGGGCUGUCGCGGCGUUCAAUUGCAUAAAAUUGAAAAUUUUGCAAUGAAGAGACUUUGGAGUGUUUGGACUGACCCUCCUAAUUUUAGUACAAAUUACAAGAAAAAUGUAUACACGAAAUGGUAACCGGACGUUUCUGAAUUGUAAAAUAGCUUUUUCAUAAUGGACUGGAAUUAAAAAAUGUCGAUUACCCCGCGGAUUGGGAACAAAAAAAACUGAACCUCAAAAAUAAAAACAAAACAUUAUACAAA